UUGGUUCCCCCGCUUUUGGUGCCGGUGAAAAACAGUCCUCCAGACUUUCAACAUGUCAGGCUGUAAGAAGCCGCGAGCUGUAGCAAACCCUCUGGAAUCGACCAUUACAACUCCGAGUGAACGAAUAUUGAAAGAAUGCCACACUUUAUAUAUCGACAACGACAACGGAUUGGUGAAAAUUGCAGAGAGUUUGGGAGUGAGGCUCUUACCGCCCCGGAAAAAGAUUAUAGUUAUGAUUAUGGGAAACCAUUCUGCUGGAAAAAGCUCUUUUAUUAACUGGUAUGUGGAGGAGCACAUACAGAAGACAGGUGUUGCCAUUGAGACACAAGGCUUCACAUUUAUAACUAGUGGAAGAAAACGCGAGUCACUAACAGGAAAUGCAACAUUACACCUUUACCCACAUUUCAGACCACUGCUGGAGUUCAAAGGUGUCACGGAUUACCUGAGCGCUGAGAUUUCCACCUCCAAACAGAAAAAGUUCAGCCUGGUGACGUUUGUGGACACUCCAGGGUUGGUGGAUGGAGAUAUGGUGUACCCUUUCGAUGUCAACAGUGCCAUCACCUCUUUUGGUGAGCAGGCGGACCUCAUCUUUGUGUUUUUUGACCCGAUGGGACAGGCAUUGUGCAAGCGUACAUUGAACAUUGUUGAGAAUUUGAGUGAGAAGUGUGGAGACAAACUGCGCUUUUACCUGAGCAAAGCUGACGAGGUUGGACGAGAAACGGACAGACAGCGAGUGAUGAUGCAGAUUGUCCAAGAGCUGUGCAGGAGACCUGGACUCAACAAAUGUGGCUUCGAAAUGCCCACGAUAUACAUCCCCAACCCUCAGAAACCCAGCAGAUGCAUCAACCAGAUUGACGAGGUUUGUGAGACCAUUGAGAAGAGCAUAAACCAGGCAGUGCAAAAAACCCUUGACCAGCUGGAGAAAGACUGUAACCUGAUCAUCUCUACCAUCAACUAUAAACUGGAACAGGACCGGAUGAAUGUGAGCAGUAACAAAAGCAACCGUUUUAAUUCUUUCCUGUGUGGACUUGCGGGAAUCUUCCUUCCGUUGCUCUUCAUCCUCAGCUUCAUCAUCAGCACCUUCGCUCCAGAGGAACUGGACUCUCUUGUUGGAGAGGGAUUGGCUAAAACCAUCUACUUUUCCACAGGGAUCGUUGUGUAUCUGUGGGAAUGGAUUCCUGAAGACUGGCAGAUAAUGUUUGUGAUCAUCUUUGCUGCUCUGUGCUACUUUAUGUUCUUCUUGGCCAAGUAUUUUGCGCGUCAGGGCAGUAAGACGCUGACGAAAAGAGAGAAGAAGAAAAUGGCUGAGUACAGUGAUUACAUCCAGGAUAUCGUCAAAUCCAAGAAGCGGAAUCUGUAUGAGGAGUAUCUUCGCCAGUGUGCUGCAGAGUAUGAUUUCUGAAGGAAAGCCUGCAUGACAGCCGUCCGUCACAUCGUUGGAAUAAUUCACAUAAAGCACAUCCACGUGUUAAACAAUGAUGUAGUUUCAUAUUUACAACAAAUCUGUGCCUUUUGGUUAAAUGUGAAUAGUGUUGAAAAAAAUGUGAUAUACAAACAUGACCUCAAUAUUAUCUUACACCAGCUAGUUUUUCUAUAUGAAUCAUUUUUAACCGUUUUUAGCCAAUAAGCUACAUUAUCACCAUGUAAAGACAUCAUUCUGAGACAUUAGCCUGGUUUCUGUGGCCUUCUUUUGAUCUCAAGGAGCACUGUGGGAGAAACCAAAGGUACCAAAUCCAACCUCAUAUACUCUUUACACCGUGUUUAUAUUAUUAAGUGACAUUUUUACUUUUUAUAAUGUAACACAGAAGAAUUUCUCCCAGCAGCCAUAGAAAAAGGCCUCAACUAGCUUUAGGUCUUCCUGUCAUUCAUAUGUAUGUGAACGUAAUGUUGCAUGUUUGUCAAUGUACCUUAUUUUUCGGACUACACCUGAGUAUAAGUCUCAUCAGUCCAAAAAUACGUCAUGACGAGGAAAAAAAGCUUAUAUUUAUUUAGAACCAUGAACCAAGAGAAAACAUUACCAUCUACAGCUGCAAGAGGGCGCUCUAUGUUUACAGGGAGAGGCUACAGCAGCACUGAGCAGCAUAGAGCGCCCUCUGGCGGCUGGAGACGGUAAUGUUUUCUCUUGGUUCAUUUCUCCUGGUUCAUGUCAAAUUAAUUUUUAUAAAUAAGUCGCACCUGACUAUAAGUCGCAGGACCAGCCAAACUAUGAAAAAAAGUGUGACUUAUAGUCCGGAAAAUAUGGUAAAUGUCGUUUAUAAAUUGUUUUAAAAGGAUUGUUUUGUAGUGUCCUGAAGUGAUGCAAAAAAUUUAGAAUUAUUCUCUUAGGGCAUUGUUUUAUGAAUACUAAGGAAUUGCAUCUUUUUUUUGAGAAGUAGCUGGGUUUGAAGAUGUAAACAAAGUGAGAGUCAGUUUUUUACCCGUCCAUAUAUAAAGGGUGCAGUGUGGAUGCAUGUGCUGAUUGAAUUUCUUUAUUGAUUUUUUACUUUUAUUUAAUUUAUUUGAUUAGCUCACUUAUUUUUCAGCUUUUUAAAAGUACAUUUUAAGAGACCGUAGCACUUCCAUAACUUAAAUGAAUAUGCAUUUACCUCAGUGUUGCAAAAAUGCCUUUUAUUAUGACUGCAAUAAUUCAGAUUUCAUAGCAUGUUUUUAUUUUAAAUGUAAUGCUUUUUUUUAGCUAUGCAGAUUUUUAUCGGUCUUACUGAAUGAAAUGUCCUCUUUGAUCAGCUCAAAAGUUUGUAUUCUUCUGUCUUAUACUAUGAUUUGAUGAAAUUGCUUGCUGUUUUCUGUAAGUAUAUUUGAAAGAACAAGCACCCCAAUAAAGUGUUAUAGCAACAAA